UUGGCUUUACAAUAUAUAAACAUCACAUAGGGAAACACAGUAACUUGCCUUUUCCACUUUUGAAUCUGGAACCAUUCUUCCAGCGUAUAUCCGGCUCCUGUGAUGGAGGCUCUGGGGACAGCUACCUUAUUCCUGGUGGUCUUCAUCUCCUUCCUUGUUUUCUCUGUUGUCUGGAAGAGCAGGGCACUGAGGAAAGAAAAGUUGCCCCCUGGCCCUACUCCUUUGCCCAUCAUUGGAAAUAUUCUACAGCUGAAAGCCAACUACUUGGAUCAGGCUAUCCAUAAGCUCAGUCAGAAAUAUGGUCCUGUUUUCACAUUGUAUGUUGGAAUGGAGCGUGUUGUGGUGCUGCAUGGCUAUGAUGCAGUCAAAGAAGCAUUAAUUGACCGAGCAGAUGAAUUUUCAGCCAGGGGGAAGUUGCCUUUAGCUGACAAAAUCAACAAGGGAAAAGGAAUCAUAUUCAGCAAUGGGGAAAGAUGGAAACAGCUCAGACGUUUUGCCCUCACUACCCUCCGCAACUUUGGGAUGGGAAAGAAAAGCAUUGAGGAAAGGAUCCAAGAUGAAACUCAAUAUGUUGUAGAAUACUUGCAGGACACAAAGGAGAAACCCUUUGACCCAACAUUCAUGCUCAGCUGUUCUACCUCCAAUGUUAUCUGCUCAAUUGUCUUUGGAAAGCGAUAUGAGUACAAUGACAAGAGAUUUCUAUCCAUAAUGUCCUCUAUGAAUGAAAACUUUGAGGUUUUUAGCUCUCCUUGGGGACAGUUGUGCAACAUCUUUCCUUCUCUCAUGGACUUCAUCCCUGGGCCUCAUCAUAAAGUGUUUUCCAACAGCAACAAAAAUGCAGAGUUUGUUUUAGAAGAAGCUAAGGAACAUAGGGCUACCCUGGACCCCAGCUCACCUCGAGAUUACAUCGACUGCUUCUAUAUUAAAAUGGAUCAGGAAGAACAGAAUGAUGCAUCUGAGUUCACAAUUGAGAAUCUAAUAUUCUGUGUGCUUGACUUGUUUACGGCUGGAACAGAAACGACCAGCACCACUCUCAGAUAUGGGCUCCUGAUACUGCAGAAAUAUCCAGAAAUAGAAGCGAAAAUACAGGAAGAGAUUGACCGAGUGAUUGGUGGUGCACGAAAGCCUUGCAUGGCUGAUCGUGGAAAGAUGCCUUACACAGAUGCUGUCAUCCAUGAGAUCCAGAGAUUCAUCUCUCUUGUCCCAUUGAGUGUUCCCCAUGCAGUUCUCAAAGACACAGAGUUCAGAGGAUAUGUCAUUCCCAAGGGUACUACAAUAUACCCUGUUCUGACAUCAGUGCUAUGUGACACCAAAGAAUUUCAAAACCCCACACAAUUUGAUCCACAACAUUUCUUGCAUAAAGAUGGGUCCUUCAGGAAGAGUGACUACUUCAUGCCUUUUUCUGCAGGCAAGCGAAUCUGUGCUGGGGAGGGUCUAGCCCGCAUGGAGCUUUUCCUGUUCCUGACCACCAUCUUGCAGAACUUCAAGCUAAAACCCCUCACAGACCCGAAAGACAUUGAUAUCUCACCCCAGAUGAGCAGCAUAGGUAGUCUUCCGCGGUCCUAUCAACUCUGUGUUGUCCAACGCUGAAAACAUCACUUCCAUACUUCAGUUGUCCAGCAUAUGAGCUGGUGAAGGAGAAAUGGAGAUUUUCUGUUUGGAUAAUAAUAGUAUAGAUACUAGAAAAAUAAAACAAUUCCAGUGCAGAGUUAAAACAAGAUUCCAUUUCUUUCUUGGGACCUAAUUGUCUGCAUAUGAAUUUGUACAAAUGCAUGGUUUUAAAGCUAUUUUGAUGUGUUUAACUUCUUGAUUAUGCAAUAUUCUGUUCAUCAGUUUAAGUUAUAUUUCAUUGUUCUCCAUUAGACAUCAUUUUAAAUUGUUUUAAAUUGGUUAUUUAUAUGAUGCCCUGAAAAUCUUAUGUAAAGAGAGAUAUAAAACACUUUAAUAAAUAGAAAUCAUAUCCAGUAAAAGACUCGUGUUAUAUUACUGUAGGGGAUCUAAUGAGGUGGUGAAUGGUCAUUGGGACUGAUGCACAAAUAGGACUGAGUUUCAUUGGAAUCUCUGUGUAUUUGGUCAAGACUAAGGAAUGCCAGUGAGCAUUACAGAGCUUGAUGUGCAUCAGGAAACCUUUAUAGUGUCCCAUUGUGCAUCUUCACAGUUCACUACAGACCUCAUCAAAUUUAGCUCCCUAAUAUGGGUGAUAACAGGGGAAUUCGCCGGGCAUCAAAGCGAAUCUGUGGGACAGUAAUUGAAUCCAUUGCCCCAUGCCUCACAUUGCUUGCAAUGGCACCUUCCAUCACAUGCGGGAAAACAUAGCUGCCAGGAUUCCCCCCAUGCUGCCCCUAUUUUUGGCAAUGAGAACAUGGGAAGCCUCCCAUGUUCUCCUUGCUCCAUCUUAAAAAGCUGAUAAUACAGUUCUUGGACGGAGCCUUGCCAGUAGUAGCUGUGCAUCAUAAGAAGGAAUCCAGUGGGCUCCGUCCAGGAAAUGUGCUCUCAACAUCCUACAAUGGGUCUGAGAGCCUAUGUGAUGAAGUCAAAACAGGGUUUCUUUGCACUCCAGUUAUGUGGCUAGGUAUAUAGUUUGAUUUCCCUUUCUUCACUCACCAGACUCCUUAGAUGCUCCUCUGUAAAUUGUGGGGGAGUGUUAGGAGAUAUCCACUAUCACUGCCAAAAUGUAGAUGCAUGUGUUCUAAAAUGAAAACAGCAAGGAUUAACUAGAAAGCCUAUCCAGUUGAAUACAAUGUCUAUACUGAGCUCAAUUAUUUUCCAGUGCUAGUUUUGAUAAGAAAACUUAUUAAACUAUUGAAAUACUGAAAA